GUGUUUCUUCACCAACCUAACUCCAUUACCUGAGUUUUUUUAGCCGAAUUGCACCUCUGUUGUGCCUGGAACAACAGUAGGUGCAUAUAUUUUAUUGUUGUGGUUAUCCAAAUUAUUAUUAAAAGAUGGAGAUAAUUGACUAUACGCGUGUUUUUCUGGCUUUAAGUGCGUAAUGUAAUUGUACGGUGUGUCCCCAUUAUUCAGUGGUUUGCAUUCAGUUUACGAUAGCUUUGAAGGCUUCAUAACCUUAAAAACGUCGAAAAUGUCGAUGUGCUGGUUGUAAAGUUACACCUGGUGUUAUGCUACUGUAAUUUGUCGAUAUUUAUGCUCAGCAAUGUUUAAUUCCGUACUACACAUGUAGCAACGGCAGUUUACACCUUUUUUCUGAAAACCUGCUGUUCGCUUCGACUUGUUUAUUGCAAGCAUUUUUCAGUGAGUUGAUAUUUCCUGAAAGACGGCGGUUAAGUAUUUUCAUGUAAACAUAAUGGAUAACACCGGCGAGAAGUAUGUGCCCGAAAUAAAUGUGCAAUCUGUAAUGGAAAGCUCAACGACGAUACAAGGAAUCCAGAGCAUGCCUGCGGUACACAAUGUCUCACAAGCCGUUACCAAAACUAUCCAAUCUGCCCAGACUAUCAUCGGUCAAAUCGGAACACCUGCUGGACUUGUCGGAAAGUCCGUUUCGUUGGAAUUGAAUCCAAAAUUGUCACUGAUGAAACCAUUAAUCCCAUCCGGUAUGACAACAUCUGUUGAAACUAGCAAGAUCACCACGACGCUUUGUUCGGUGGGAUCGGCAGUUAAAAUUUUAUCCCCUGGGGUAUUAAAUACUCUGGAACGACAGGGCCAGGUACAAGUUUCGCAACAGUCUCAACAAAACCAGCAAGUCAGUAUUCCUUCUACGUACCACGUACCUCGUGGGCCAGCAGCCGUUGCUAACAUUUCUGCUCCGCGAUCGACAGUUGCCACUCCAAUCGUUAAAGCCAGUGGCGGUCAAUCUAUAUCCGCUUCAAGGCCGAACACCACUGUUUCUAAUCCACAAUGGCAGCAAUCUAAAACAGCGUCGGUCGUGUAUGCCCAACCGCAAAGACACCUAGUUUCACCGGUUAGUCGAAUAGCGACGAAAACUCCAAGUACAGUGUAUAGUGGCCAGCAACCCCGAUUAGUAAAUGCAACUCAGGGAAGAUCCAUCCAAGGAACCAUGGUUACCGGUAUUUCAGGUGCUCCUUCUAGGUUGAUCGCCCCAGUUCUCCAACCGAAUACUAGUGCAACGCGACUUCCAGUCGUACAAAGUAAAAUCCCCACCUGUCAAACAAUGACCGUUACCCAAACUAAUAUAUCUCAAACUGGAAGGCCAGCAGUGCAAACUUUACAGUCUAACCAAGCAAGUAGGCCUUUGAAUGCUACAAGUACUGCGAGUCGUAUGACUGUCCCUACUGUUAUGGCGGCUACUAAUAGAAUGGCAGCUGCACCAUCGGUUUCUGUACAGCCAACGACAGGGAGGCAGUUAACAUUGAAUUCAACGAAUGUUCCAGCUACUGGUAGUGUCAAUCGUAUUGUCAUUCCACCACAACAGAUACCACAAGGACAACAGCAACAACAACAAUCGACACCACGCGUUGUUCAGGCUGUCACGACUCUGUCGAAUCUGGGAACGAUAUCUCGUGUAAUCGCGACAACAGCCACGGUGUCACAUGCUGCAAGAGUAACUCAACCGACUCCUUCGUCGGUUGCAAGGAUAACUGGAAUGUCCUUGCAUCCUAUGCCACUUGUCCCGACAAGAACUGCUGCACCUCCUGUUAAAACAACUCAUGCGAGUUCUUUGACUCAGCCUGCUCAAUUGAAGUCUCCUACGCCGAUACAACAGUCCAGUUUCCGCGUGACGACGAGCAGCAACAGCAACGCCAUCACUUCUAAUUCCAAUAUCAUUCAGCAGGUCCAGGGUCCUUGUCUACAUCCGCCUCAGACAACGACUUACUACUCGUUCGAGACUUCGAAUUCCUUUGCUCAAUAUCGGCCAGGCUCGUCACAACCCGUCAGACUUCUUGUCGACUCCAACUACGAGGAGGCCCAUAAUAAACCAAACGCGUCCCCUAGGCCGAGCAUUCUGAGGAAGAGGGAUCACGACAGUUCACCGGCGAAAGGAGCUGUCAAGAAUUUGUUCCCUGUCCUCGCGUCCUUAUCAACGGCAGCGCCGACGUCUACUCCGCCCUUGUCCCCGAGGGGUGAUCAAGACGGUGGUGGCUGUCAUAGUUCUGGAUCGACGACUGUCUCGGCUACGUCUUCUCCAGGACUCGACGAUGAGCCUAAUCAGUCCAGGAUCGGUAGCAACUCGAUCGUUGAAAUGUCGCCACGGAAGAAACCUCGCAAACAACAGCUGAUAGGAGUGGAACUUAUGGAACCUAGGUGUACCGAGGAGGAGAUGCAAUUCAUAACGGAAGAGAAGAUCAAGUUGGAGAUCAAGGAAGAGCCAAUGGACAAGUUGACCAGCGACAAGAAACAGAAUUCGAAUGUCCAGUCCGUACGGCCCUCUUCCGUAGCCGUGAGAACAAGACCUGCGUUGAGUCUUCUGGGUACGUCGUGGAAGAAUAAAUGGGGUGGUCGUCUCCACCAUUAUCGACGACCAAGUGACGUCAGACCUCGAGAGGAGAGGAGGCCAACGGUAGCCGAGUUGGCUCAGCAGAAACACGUACUACAGAAACUCAAUGGCUGGAAGGUUUACCAUCUGACGACGCAGAUGGAAGACCUCGCCGAGCUGGAGAAACAGGUACACGAAAAGCUGAAGGCCACGCUGUCGAUGCUGGAGUCCCAACAAACUGCGAAAGGCCGGAUAGACGAUGGCUUGGAACAGGCGAACGAGCUGAUUAAGGGAAACAUGCAGCGUAGCAGUUUGAUAUGCGAGGGCAUGAACGAGGCGCGAGCACAGCUCGUCGCCAUUUUCCAGCAUAAAGGACACGUUACCGAAAUCCUACAGCGGUGCGGCAACAAACGGGCCCAAAAGAAACGUGACAAAUAAGCGAAGAACUUUAUUAGGAUUUUAUUAGAAGUAAGGCAGGCAAGCUAAAUGAUAUACCGACGUCAAGCGUAAUCGUCGAUAACAUGCCACGAACCUUGGAUUCGGGGUGGGAAUAAAACACGUUGUUUUUAUCUGUUUUAAAUAAGGAUCUUUCUGUAGAGAAGAAGAAUAAAUGGAAUUGAUAAGAGUG